UAUAUUCACAUAAUUAUUUCUGCGUAGGCAGCUUCGUUGUUUCGUACACUUGCACAACCUGCGCACUAUGGCAGUCACCUUGCGCCACACUGCUUGUUCCGCGCUUCUGAAGGGCAGUGUGCGCAUACCACGCCCUGCGUUUGCUGCUCCAGCUUUCACGAGCCGAACCACCAGCGUCUCCGUCCGGGCCAUGUCGGCAAAGCAGGUCAUCUCGACGGAACAGGCACCGGCCGCGCUGGGCCCCUACUCGCAAGCGAUCAAGGCAGGCAACACCGUGUACGUAUCCGGACAGAUCGGAAUUGUGCCAGGAACGAAGAACUUCGCAUCGCCAGACGUGGAGGGCCAAACCGAGCAGGUGCUGAAGAAUCUCGGUGCCAUCCUCAAGGCCGCUGGCGCCGACUACAAGGACGUGGUAAAGACGACCAUCCUGCUGGCCGAUAUCGCUGACUUUGCCAAGGUCAACGCCAUCUACGCCACGUACUUCACCGAGCAGCCCCCGGCGCGGGCCACAUUCGCCGUGAAGGACCUGCCGCUGGGGGCGAGGGUGGAGAUCGACGCAGUCGCCGUACUGCCGUGAAUGCCGUACUGCCAUCCAAUGCUAUUCUUCUGGUCGUGCCUCUGGCUACCGUACACGAUGGCAUGAUGAUGAUGAUGGCCAUUGUGGCAGCGAAUUAGGGUUUGGGUAUACACCGGUGGCAGCAGUAGCAGCAGCAGUAGCCGGCUCUGGGGCCCGCGGCUGCAGUGGCUGACUAACGAACUGAAGGGCCAUUUGCCGGUCGGGCGACUAACUGUCGU